CCGUCCUUCACUACAAGAGUUACCGGCUUUUGUUUUGAGGAAAGAUAUUGUCUGAUGUGAGCAUGUGCAAGGGACUGAGGAUGAAGCCAUAUUGAGGUUCAAGCUCUGAAGGGUAUGAUAAGCUGAGUCUCUAACAUGCUGUCAAGACUUGUUGCUGCUACCUGCCACUCUCUGAAGUGGACUUCGCCCCACUGUAAAGCCACUCUUCACAGAACUUAUUUCCUAUCAGAGCCAGGGCAAUGGCUACUGGGAACUGUGGUUCAAAGAAGGGCACACAGGUGGACUACAGCCCCAUCCUCAAGGGUAAACCAGAAACCAGUGUUUGUCAGAGCUCCAGCAUUUGGAGAUAAGCUUGCUAUCAUAGACAGCAGUGGCAGUCACAGCUACCAGCAGCUGUAUUCCAGCAGCUUAGGUCUUGCAGAUAGAAUCAGUACCACUCUCAACUCUAACUUUGGUGGUCUGGACGGAAAACGAAUCUCCUUCCUGUGUGCUAACGAUGCUUCCUAUACAGUGGCACAGUGGGCGGCUUGGAUGAGUGGUGGGACAGCAGUGCCGCUCUACCGAAAACACCCUCAGUCGGAAUUGGAGUACAUCAUCUCUGAUUCCCAAAGUUCACUGCUGGUGGUGGGGCAUCCCUAUGCUGAAACCCUCGAGCCACUGGCACUGAAGCUGGGGCUGCCAUACCUGACACUGCCUCCUACUUCUAACUUGGGCACUUUAGAUGGCGCAGAUACCCAAGAGAAGGAAACAGCCAUCACAGACUGGGCUGAUCGGCCAGCUAUGAUCAUCUACACCAGUGGUACAACGGGGAGACCCAAGGGAGUUCUACAUACGCACAGCUCUAUUCAAGCCAUGGUCCAGUGUCUGGUUUCAGAGUGGGCGUGGACCAGAGAUGAUGUCAUCCUCCACACCUUGCCGCUUCACCACGUGCAUGGCAUCAUUAACAAGCUGCUGUGCCCACUCUGGGUGGGCGCCACCUGUGUCAUGCUGCCUGAAUUCCAGCCUCAGAAGGUGUGGGAGAUGCUGUUGAGCUCCAAGGUUCCCAUGGUUAAUGUGUUCAUGGCUGUGCCAACUAUCUACUCUAAGCUGAUCCAGUACUAUGAUCAGCACUUCACACAGCCUCAUGUCAAGGACUUUGUCAAAGCAGUCUGCAAAGAAAGGAUCAGGUUAAUGGUUUCGGGCUCGGCCGCUCUCCCUCUUCCUACUCUGCAGCGCUGGGAGGAGAUUACAGGACACACACUGCUGGAACGCUACGGCAUGACCGAGAUCGGCAUGGCACUGUCCAACCCUCUUAAGGGCCCACGUAUCCCAGGGGCUGUGGGGUCACCACUACCCAGUGUGGAAGUUCGUAUUGUCAUGAAUAACACAACCAACACCACAAUUGUUGAGGGCAAUCACAGAGACACACAGGUACGGCCAGGUCUGGAGGGUAAAGAGGGUGAGCUCCUGGUCCGAGGUCCAUCUGUCUUUAAGGAGUACUGGAACAAACCCCAGGAGACCAGAGAGACUUUCACUGAUGGUGGCUGGUUCAAAACAGGAGACACAGCGGUCUAUAAAGACGGUGUGUAUUGGAUCAUGGGCCGUAGUAGCAUUGACAUCAUCAAGAGUGGCGGCUACAAGAUCAGUGCACUCGAGGUGGAGCGUCACCUACUGGCUCAUCCAGACAUCGUAGAUGUGGCUGUGAUUGGGGCCCCAGAUGCCACUUGGGGUCAGAAAGUCACCGCAGUGGUGCAGCUAAAGAAGGGGCAGAGUAUGACCCUGCCAGAGUUGAAGACCUGGGCAAGGGAACACAUGGCGCCCUACACCAUCCCCACGGGCCUGGUGCUGGUGGAGGAGAUGCCAAGGAAUCAGAUGGGCAAGGUCAACAAGAAGGACCUCCUGCGACACUUCAUCCCGUGACAAGACCACUUUGAAAAAUAUCACCAACAUACAGGUUCCCGGUCACUUCCUGACUGUUUUCAUCUGGUUCUUAGAUCUGACUAACAUUGCAGACAAAUGUACAGAGGGAAUACAAAAUAAUGGAUAAACACAUCAGGGAAAAUGACGUAACCUCUGAGGUAACAUAAUCACAACAACAAACGUUGCUGCAAAGGUAAUUCUGUUUUGUUGAACGUGAAUUUUGCCAAGCGUUCUUUAUCAGUUACUGUGUAACAGAGGUUUGGAAAUCAACACUUUAAUGUGCAAUAUUUGAGGCAGUAUGAAACGGAGUUCCAUUAGGAGCUCUGUUUAGGACAAUAUCAAUGUGUGCAACUACAUUUAUCAAGAAAAAGUCAAAAUUAUAUGUAGCAGAUUCAAAAAUAGUGGUUAAAUUUCAAACUAACCAACAAGGAGGUGACAGACUUACAAUAUGUAAGAAGUCGUCAAACACAGUUAAAUGGUGUGCAACCUAAUACGACCCACUUUUGUAGGGUUUGCAACUGUAGCUGUGUCCCAGUUCCAUAUUACAAUACUGUAUGAUUUAUGGUGAUGUUUAGACUAUCUGGUAUGUUCACACUGGAAACAUGACGAAACUAAGUAUAUUCACUCAAUUUUUGACGAUGGUCUUGAUGAACACUAUUAUUUUACAAUGUAAUGUACAAAGGAAAUGGGGAUGUAAUGUAAAUAAAUUGCAGGUGAUAGCAAGACAGCUUUUAGAGAAGAAAAAAUUAAGUAUAAAAUGUUUGGAAAAAACAUUUUGUUUUUUCUUUACAAAGUUCAUUUUACUGUGGCACUUUUGGUGCAGUUUGUGGAUUUUGUUGUACACUAAUUGCAAAACAGUGUACAUAGUUUUUAGUAUAGAACUGGGACAAAACAUUUGAUACAGUUACUUCAAAGUCAAUAUCCUUGUUUAUGAAGUGUCUGCACCCAGCAGAACUGUGGGAUACACUGUUCCAUCUGCCUUAAUGAGUUAGGAACAGCUAGUGUAUUCUGCUUUGGCUCCUGAUGAAUAAUUCCGCCUACCCUGAACAGGAUGUUCAACUGUUCCAAUAAAAAUACUUAAACUCAGCGGUCUCUAUUGGUGAAGAGUAGCUUUGAGUGCUCUUAUUGGUAUAUUCAGGUGUUUUAUUGAUGACAGUGGUGUAAUGAUAUAGAUAGUAAAGAAUGAUGAUUUUGUUGAUAGGAGUGGUGUGACCAGAAUCAAAAAUCACGAUUAAUUAGCAGCAAACAAAAAUAAAAGACGACGUGUUGGUAGAAGAGGAGACACUGACAUAUGAUCAGUGAGAAAUAUUGGUUAAUAUUAAUUUCUUAGCUCUUUACGCACAUUGAUACACUUGAAAUGUUUAUUUGAAAAUUUAAAAAAAGUUUUUAUAA